UUCUUCUCUAGCAGUUUUUCUUUUAUUCUCAUAAUUUUACUAAUGGCAGAGUUAAAACAAAUUCCAGACUCCAGUAGUGGCUCACAGAGCAAUGUGUACUGCACACUGAAUGAAGACAUGAGGAGGAUACCAUCACAGACAUCACAGAAAGUAUCGUUGUCUGCAGGAUGCAUGUGGUAUAAACGGUGUUGGAUUCCUCUGAUGUGUGGCAUGCUCUUUGUGAUUUUAUUAACCACAGUCACUGUGUCCUUUAAACAGCAAUUCAGUAAACUGACUGAAGUAGAGAAUGCAGUGGCCAAUCUGACAGCAUCUGUCGUUCUGCUCACUUCCGACCAACAGGAUACAAGUGAGAUUCUAUUUUUGUUAGAUGACAGAUUAAUGGAGAUGUUUGGUAACCUGAAGGCUGAUCUGGAGAGCAGAAUAACAAAUUUGACUCGGUGGAAACCUGUUUUGAGCUGUAAAGCUGGAUGGCAACUUUAUCUUUCCAGCUGUUAUCUAUUUUCCAGUACAGCGCUGGAUUGGCAAAGGUCAAGGGAUUUCUGUCGUGUACAUGAGGCCCUGCUGCUCAUUCUGGGGCAGGACACCAGGGAGAGGAAUUUUAUUGUAAAUCGCGUCUCUAAAUUGCAAUCCCACUGGAUUGGCCUGACAGAUCAUACGACUGGUCAGUGGAGGUGGAUUGAUGGCUCACCCUAUAUCAUGGACAGCAGUCAGUGGGAACCAGGAGAACCAAAUAAUUUGGCUGAAGAGGACUGUGCGGAGAUAACUACAUCUGGGAAACUGAAUGAUGGAAUGUGCUCAAAGUCUUUUCCCUUUAUCUGCAAAGCACCGGCUAAAGAAAACUAACUACUUGGCAUGUGGAAGUGUGGAGUGUCUUCCCAUCAAAAUUCUAGGAGUGUAAUAGAGAGGAGAUUGUUAUUCGUUUUUAAUCUUUUUAAAAUUGUGAUUUUCUUGAUUGCUCUAAAGUCUCUAAUUAAACUAAUACUGUAAAAAAUCCAA